AUGGAGAGUGAACAAUGGUUAGAGGUAUGUCUUACACCGCAUAAUACCAUAAAUGAACUCAUUAGUGUUGUUUCUGAUAAACUCAGAAAACAAGGAAAAACUCUUACCAAUGUCGUCUGUGAAGAUGAACAUUUCACAAUUAAACAAUUAAUGGAAUCUGGUAGAUUGGUUUGUGUUGAAGAAACAACAAAAAACAAUAGCAGACCAGAAACACCUUCGUCGUCCCAAACUGAAAACACUAAAGAAACAACUGACCAAAGCUCUCCUAUUGGAAGUUGUCAUUGUUGUAAAACAAGAAAAGAAAUUUAUUUCACUUGCGAAAAAAAUAAAUACCAUAGAAUGUGUGGGCGUUGUAUGAAAAAGUUUCCUGGUGUUGUUGUUUGCCCUAUUUGCAACAAUAUUUGUACUUGUGCUACUUGCAAAAGAAAUGGAAAAAAAGGAGACUGUUAA